AUAUACUAAGCUAUCAAUAGCCUUAAUCAGCAUCACUCAACUUGCAUGCAAGUGCAUCCGAUCAUAGCGCAAUGGGCAAUCCCUCCGGUUGUAGAAAGACAAUCACGCAUGUCGUUUUUGACAUGGACGGUCUCUUGCUCGAUACUGAGAAGUUCUAUACUCAAGUUAAGGAAAUUAUACUUGCUAGAUAUAAUAAAACCUUUGAUUGGCCUCUCAAGGCAAAAAUGUUGGGAAUGAAAGCAUUUGAAGCUGCAAAGCUCUUUGUUGAAGAGACUGGAAUCAGUGACUCACUUAGUCCUGAGCAAUUUCUUGUUGAAAGAGAAGACAAGCUCAAGAGUUUGCUUCCAAAGAGUGAGCUUUUGCCAGGUGUUAGUCGUUUACUCUGGCAUCUUCAUGCAAAAGGAGUUCCUAUUGCUGUGGCAUCCAGUUCUCCCAGGCGGCAUUUUGAAUUGAAAACGCAAAGACAUAGUGAAAUGUUUUCGCUGAUGCAUCACAUUGUUCUUGGUGAUGACCCUGAAGUUAAACACGGAAAACCAUCACCCGAUGUAUUUCUUGCUGCAGCCAAGAGAUUUGAGGGUGGACCGGUAGACCCAAGUAACAUACUUGUUUUUGAAGAUGCACCCUCUGGAGUUCUCGCAGCUAAAAAUGCUGGGAUGUCUGUUGUUAUGGUUCCUGAUCCAAGGAUGGACAAAUCUCUUCAUGGUCCAGCAGAUCAAGUUUUGAACUCUCUAUUGGAUUUCAAUCCUAGUGAGUGGGGUUUACCUCCAUUUGAAGAUAAUGAAGUUAAAUGUUUUGACGUCUUUCCUAAGAGUUAUAUGAAGAUCAAUGUCAAGGGUUGAAUUUUUAGAAUUGUGUUUGUUCUUGUUGUAUCUUUGUUGAAUAAUCUUUUAAGAUUUUCGGUUGGCGGGUUGUAAAAGAUGAUGGAUUUAUUUAUGUUUUUCUAGGAAUUUUUCAAGAAUAAACAAAAAGCUUAUUAUUAUUAUUAUUUUUUAUUGUGAUAUUUCUUUUUCUAUUUGAACACCGCCCAAGUCCGAGACAAUGUCCCCCUUAUCAAUUUCAAAAUUUAUUUC